UCGCGGGUGAGAAAAGUUACGCAAAAGUUAGAUGACGCUAUUCCAUUUAUGGACGUUUCUCCCCCUCGUACCUGGCAGGGAUUGUUGUUUCCUCUCCCCCACUACCAUCGCCCGUCUUGCCGUCCCCAGCGCCAUCUUCGAACUUUGGGCAUUUAACUUAUUCAAACAGUCAAAAUGGCCAAGCCCAUAGAAAUUACGUCGGUUGAGCAGUUCAACGAGCUCCUGAAGAGCUCGCGUAUUGUGGUGGCAGACUUCUACGCGAACUGGUGCGGACCAUGCAAACAAAUUGCACCCUUCUACGACCAGCUAUCGAAAUCUCUUUCACGCCCAAAAGUUGCGACGUUCGUCAAGGUCAACACGGAAGCCGAGGGAGCUAAGGCAGUCGCUGCCGAAUACCGCGUCACGCAUCUGCCUACCUUUAUAGUGUUCCGCGAUGGUUCCGUCGCCGAGAGGGUCAAAGGUGCCAAUCCGAAGGAGCUCCAGACCAUCGUUGAGAAUUUAAGUCACAACAUCGAGCAUGCUACGCAGGGGGAGGGUAGCGGUAGCGGUAGCGGUAGUGGUGGCUCGGGAGGUAUCGCUUGGAGGGGAGCUGAUCUACCUCGAGGUUACACGGACAUCUCAGACACCAUCGACGUACGAGGGCUAGAACUGCUGAACGCCGACGAAAGCCACUUCUCUGUUCGAACUCUCUUCAAUAAAAACAAACCUUCGGCGUUAUCCAAGGACAAGGUGGCGGAUAAUGAGAAGGACUGGGUAGAGAGCGACACGGAUGAGCAGCUGCUUCUCUACACGCCAUUCAACUCUGCUGUCAAGCUCCACACGAUACAGAUCACUUCUCUACCGCCCACCGAUAACGAGGAUGAUGACGACGACGUACCGAUGAGGCCCAAGACUCUUAAGCUCUUCACAAAUCGACCACACAAUCUAGGUUUUGACGAAGCUGAUGAUAUCGACCCGACUCAGACCAUUGAGAUUAGCGAGAGCGACUGGAACUCUAACGGUACCGCGAGCUUGGGACUACGAUUUGUCCGGUUCCAAAACAUCACCAGCCUCGUUAUCUUUGUUGUGGACGGCGACGGCGAUAGCGAAAAGGUCCGAUUGGACCGAAUAAGAUUUAUUGGCGAGUCUGGCGAGAAAAGGGAGAUGGGGAAACUUGAGAAGAUCGGCGACGAGCAAGGUGAAUAGAGUGCGACGAAAAAAAAAAAGAAUGGGUGGGUAGGCGAGCACCAAUCGCGGUCACGAUUGCCUAUGGCGAAUGUGGGCAGCGAAUG